AUGGAGAGCCAUGCUGCUCGUGGUGCACCAAACCCGCAAAGGGUGGCUGGUUCGGUCGUCCAAGACGAUUUGAUCAUGGGGACUAACAAUAGCAGCAUUGUCUCGAAACGGAGUGUGGAACGUCUCUAUUAUUCGGACGAGCCUCCAUUCUUUCGCUAUUUUGUCAACAAGCCACAGCGACGAGCACCACUCAUUAACCGCGGCUACUGGCUUAGGAUGAAGGCGAUUGAUAAUGUCGUACGUCUUUUUCUAGAACGACCAAGUAGUAAGAGAAAAGUCGUGGUCAAUUUGGGCUGUGGCUAUUCUUGUGGUAACACUGUAUUUGUCGACAUUGAUUAUAAAGAUCUUAUGAUGAGAAAACGCAGAACUGUGCAGCAAACACCGGAGUUGAUCUCCAUGCUGACCAACGUGGAAACACCACAAGACGAUGGUCUGUUGCUCAGCAGUGACCAGUACCUACAAAUAGGCUGUGAUCUUCGCGACUUGCAACGGCUGAAUGACUUAGUAGCUCAAGCUCUAGAUAUCGAGCAAUGUCUAAUACUCUUUGUGGCCGAGGUCUCUAUAGCCUACAUGGACUCGGUCUACUCUGAUGCCGUCAUUGGUUGGGCGAGUAUGCUUCCUUCAGCACAAUUCUGCCUUCUUGAACAGCUUCUCCCUGAUGGCGAAGAUCACCCAUUCGCAGCCACCAUGAUGGCGCACUUUAAGAAGCUGAAUACUCGAUUAAGAUCGGUACAAAAGUAUCCAACGGUCGACGCACAGAGUUGUCGUUUUCGGAAGCUCGGCUGGGAUAAUAUUUCCAUACGCAACCUGUGGGAGUUAUGGGCGUCAUCCGACUUUAUCUCGCCAGCAGAGCGCCAGGUCUUAGAUCACGUUGAGCCCUUCGAUGAAUGGGAAGAGUUUGCCCUAUUUGGCUGUCACUAUUUCUUGCUCGUAGCUGUCAAUAAAGGGUUCCAAAUUGAUGUCUUGGUGCCAGUUGAUAGUAUCUCUGGACAUGACAAGUCUAUUGUCUCUGUGCAACCAGCAUCAACGCGAACGGCACAAGUCAUGUUUUCUGAAAAUCCAAAAGGACAAGCUUGUGCACGACUCGGUGCAAUAUUGCCACUACGAGGCUCUGCCAGACAUGAGACGGCUUUUGGGAAUUAUGGUGGAAUGGGAUUGAAAACCAGAGUUGACUCGUACGACGUGAUUUCGCUUACUCCGCACGCGAGUAGUGACAGGGUGUUCGAGGCACCAAAAUCCUCGAGCCAUCCUUCAGGUCGAAUGUGUCACACUAUCACAAUCAUAGAUGAGAGUACCUCACUUCUGGUCGGUGGUAGAACAUCUCCAGAUAAAGGGUUGAAAGAUUGUUGGAUUUAUCACCGAUGGGUUGGGAUAUGGGAGCCGGUUGAUGACCUCCCUUACUCAUUGUAUCGACACCAAGCUGUGUAUCUAGGUAACGGAUGUGUCCUCGUUUCUACUGGCAGGAUAAACUCACGCCAGCUAUCUCAGCAUUAUUUGAUUUGGAGUCGCCAUUGGGGCUGGGUUCAAUGCCAUCAGCGCGCUGGUGGCGCUCCUCACAACACAUAUGGCUCUAUUUUUCUAAUGGGCUCUUCGGACUCCCUUAAGAGUAGUGGUCUAGUUGUAGGUGGGCUCUCUAGUGACGCGGUUAUACAGUCCGAUUUGUGGCACUGGGAAGUAGAGGCGCCCUUUAGUGAGAACCCAAAACUUCGAUUCCACCUCGGUUAUAAUGGAUCUCUUUCUGAAUCAGAGCUAUUAACCAAUAACCUAGCAUUUGGUAGAUUCGGAGCGAGCGUUAUACAUCAUCAAGGACUAAUAUAUAUCAUUGGUGGAGUCGCUAAAGACACACUGCUCGGUUCACGCGAAGAGAUAUACUCUUUCUUGUUGAAAGAUGAUUUGAGUGCCGCAGAAUUCAGGAACGUCCAGUUAGAACUCAAUGACACGAUCCCAAGGCCUCUCCUUAUUGGGUCAAGUGUCGUCGCCAUAGGGCCAUCGAUAGUGAUCGUUGGAGGAUCAGCUGUAUGCUUCUCGUUUGGCACAUCCUGGAACAGAGGAGUAUAUUCUGUAGGAGACCAAAAUCCGGAUGACAGUUCCGGUAAUAAUCUAUGGAGCUAUACACACACUGUUCGACCAACUCCAUCCAUGCCGCAACAUGUACCAUCAACGGGAUUGUCAAUCGACAGUAUUCCUUCUCAGCCUAUCCAAGUGCGAAGGAUAAAGGUUGAUGGCUCUAGUGAUUUACAAUCGGUAUUUCAAGCUGGGUCCCCUGUGGUUCUAGAGGAUUGUGAUCUCGGUAGCUGCCUCGAUGAAUGGACCUUACCAGGCCUUAGGUCAAAGAUAGGUUCUAGCAGAGAGGUCGUUGUCCACCAAAGUACACAUUCACAAAUGGACUUCAAGGCGAAGAAUUUCGCAUACGCUAGCAGGACAUUUGGAGACUUUUUAGAUGCGAUAGAAAGAGGUGAGAGACUAUAUCUGCGGGCUCUCUCGUCUGAAAACGCCAAAGAGAUUCCCACAAACCUGGAACGGGAUUAUCCAUCGAUUGCUUCUGAAUUCCACUUGCCGGAAUAUCUUAAUUAUGUACAUGAAAACAUGCACAGUUCACCGUUACGCAUAUCCGGUCCAGUCAAUAUGUGGCUUCAUUAUGAUGUAAUGGCGAAUGUCCUUUGCCAGAUCCAGGGUGAAAAAAGAAUGCUCCUUUUUCCACCUACAGAUGUGACAAAAUUCGACUUUGAGCCAGGCGACUCAAGUUCAAGCUACAAUGUCUUUGCAGCAAUUGAAAGCAACAGCCUCUUCGGCUGCCAUCCGCACGAAACCACCUUGAAAAGGGGCGAUGUGCUAUUCAUACCAUCGUUGUGGCUUCAUGCCGCCUCGCCAAUAUCUGGCGUCAGUGUGGCGGUGAACGUUUUCUUUCGCGAUUUGAAGUCGGGUUAUGCUGCGGGGAAGGAUGUAUAUGGAAACAGGGAUUUGCAGGCGUAUGAGAAAGGACGGCAAGACAUCACAAGAAUAUUGAAGUCUUUCGAUGGCCUGUCAAACAACACCAGAAGCUUCUACCUGCAAAGGCUCGUCGCAGAAUUUCAUGAGCGAGUGCGAGAUAAACUUCCCUAA